AUGAGAUCAUCUUUAUACCGCAACCGUCCGUGGAGUGAAGAUGAAAGAGAACCCUUAUUGCCUGCUAUCCCUGCGAACAAUCAUGGUUCUGCUAAUUAUGAAAAUGAGCGAGCGGAGGGCAACAACGGCACGAUGGCGGAGGUGGGCGUCUCGCAGACGGUGCUCGUGGAGGCGAGGGAGGGGGGCCGCAAGCUUCCCCAGUACAUAGCAGCACUCUCUGCUACACUCGGGGCGUUGGCAGCGGGUUCCAUGCUGGGGUGGUCUUCUCCAGUGAUAUUCAAGAUCUCGCAAGCGAACAGCACCGACUACAACUUCGAUGUCCAAGGCGAUUGGGUCUCGUCCAUCAUUAAUCUUGGCGCCGCCUUCGUUUGCUUCCCUAUAGGUCUCAUAAUGGACAUGAUAGGCAGAAAGAAGACAAUGUUGCUCCUCGUUUUGCCUUUCACAUUAGGAUGGCUGCUGAUUACCUUCGCGACAAAUCUAGGGAUGCUGAUCGCUGGAAGAUUCAUCACAGGCGUCGCUGGAGGAGCUUUCUGUGUCACUGCCCCCGCUUACACUAGCGAAAUCGCACAGGAUUCCAUCCGAGGAAGCUUAGGCAGUUAUUUCCAGCUGAUGAUAACAGUCGGUAUUCUGUUCGCGUACGCUGUAGGCAGCUACACUUCAGUAUUCGUAUUCAAUAUACUCUGUACCUUGAUUCCGAUUAUAUUUGGCGUGAUAUUCUUCUUCAUGCCUGAAAGCCCGAACUAUUUAGUGGUGAAAGGAAGGAAUGAGGAAGCGCGUGAAGCUUUAAUCAGAUUGCGCGGAAGAGAGUACGAUGUGGACAGCGAAUUGGACAAUUUGAAAGCGAAGGCUGAGCACGCGAAGAACAACCCGAUUGCUUUCACUUCGGCAAUUUCUAAGAAGACUGCUAUUAAAGCUAUCAUAAUUUGCUACGCGCUAAUGUUGUUCCAGCAAUUGUCAGGAAUUAACGCGGUCAUAUUUAACACUUCGGCGAUUUUCGACUCUGCAGGGGCAACUAUUCCGGCCGCUAUAGCUACCAUUAUCAUUGGCGUUAUCCAAGUGAUAGCCACUUUCAUAUCCAGCUUGAUAGUAGACAAACUGGGCAGAAGGAUCUUGCUUCUUCUAUCCGCGUUAGUGAUGUGCGUCUGCUCCACAGCUUUGGGAGUAUUCUUCUUCUUAAAGGACACGCAUGGUGACAACUCGAGCAUUGUUCAAGCGAUAUCCUGGCUGCCUUUAGUAUCGCUGUCACUGUUCAUCGUCGCUUUUUCUCUAGGUUUUGGCCCAAUACCAUGGAUGAUGGCCGGAGAACUCUGCUUGAUUGAUAUCAAAUCAUUCGUAGGAUCUACAGCUGGCACUCUCAAUUGGCUUCUGAGUUUCACCGUCACAAGCACCUUCAACUCCUUGAAUACAGCCAUAGGAUCAGGCCAGGUCUUCUGGCUAUUCGCUGGCAUCAUGGUUCUUGGCUUCCUAUUCAUCUUCUUCGUAGUCCCAGAGACCAAGGGCAAGAGUGUUGAUGAGAUCCAACUCAUGUUAGGCGCAGAGCCAAUUGACACAAACGAUGAUGACAAGAAAUAAUUUGCCUCAAUGGAACGGACUGUGAAAUUGUGAUUUUUUGUAUGAAGAUGAUUGAGGACUUUCAUUCGGCCAUAGUGUGUGGUUUCACGGAAAUGUGUGCUUCGCGUCAGCAAUAAUUGUGGUUUUAUUUUGCGAGAACGGAAUAAAGUCAGUCCCCCGAUUGUGUCGAAUUAGUGUUAAGAUAUUUCGCUGUGACAAUCGUAAGUUUUAAUUUAAUAAUUUAUUAAAGUUAUUGUGUGUAAGUUCCUUGGAAUUAUUGAAGACUUCAGAAAUAUGGGGCAGCAUUUGUAUAAUUUUUAUAUAUGUAAUUCGAUAUAGAGAGAAUUUACGUAAGGUUAGAUCGUAUGAAGUUAUGGUCUUUAAAUAUAUAAAUAUGGAUUGUUAAUUUUGUCAUAAUAUUAUCAGAACGUAGUUAGACGUCAUAUCAUGAUGCCAUAAUUAUAAUAUUUAUUAUAAACGGACUGCAGUUGAUUGCAUUCUUAUAAAAUAAAUCUAUCAAUAUAUACUUAGAUUUUAACAA